AUGAGGCUGGCCACUCUCUUUCCCCUGGCAGCGGUUGCGACCUCGAUCGCAGCCCAUCCGCACAAACAGUCGCACGGGCCGGCUGCCGUCUAUCAACCCGCGCCGGUAGCAACUGUCAUUGUUUAUGUGCUAGAUGGAAAGCCAAUUUCCGAGGCUGAGGUGCGUCAGGGAAUCGCCAAUGGCACUCUGAUUUGGGGUGACGGCGGGAAUCUCUCCACGUCCCUCGCGAGUAUCCCUACGCCUGGUCCAAUUCCGGUUAAGAGCGAGACUCUACAGCGCCUGUCUCAACAGCCCGCUCCAAAGCCAGCUACUCAAGUGGAACUGAAGUCUGCUCCUUCCCAUCCUCAACCGUCCUCGGCCCCGCAGCCGUAUCGUCCAGAACCUGAGCCAUCUCAGCCGCCGGCCCCAUCCCACCAUAAUCAGAAUAAAGGAGCCGAGGGCGUUGAGCGAGAGUUUCCCAACGGUGAAUUCUCCUGUAACAGUUUCCCUCGGGGCUAUGGGGCCGUCGCAAUCGAUCACGCGGGUCUUGGAGGUUGGAUUGGCAUUCAAGCACCUCGGAUUGUGGAAGCUGCGGGAUACGAUGAUAUCAUGACUGUUCCGCAUGGAUCUUGCUCCGACGGCACAUGUUGCAAGCCGGGCAGGUUCUGUUCUUACAGCUGCCCGCCUGGCUAUCUCAAGGCUUCCUGGCCUUCGGCGCAAGUUCUCCAGCACCAAACUCUGGGAGGUCUCUACUGUAACCUUGAAGGAAAGCUGGAGAUGGCAAGCGGUUCCAUUUCUAAGACGCUUUGUGUCAAAGGCACGGAUAAGGUCACUGUGAAAGUGCAGAACAAGCUUUCUGCUUCCCAGUCAAUCUGCCGCACCGACUACCCAGGCACAGAGGGCGAAACUAUUCCCACGACAACACGACCUGGAGAAUCCGUGGAGCUUGCCUGCCCUGACAACAGCAAAUACUUCAAAUGGCUUGGCAAACCUACGUCCGCGCAAUACUAUAUCAACCCGAAGGGUGUCCCUGAGAACGAAGCCUGCCAAUGGGGCGACGGAAGCAGACCCAUCGGUAAUUGGGCGCCUGUCAACCUAGGCGCUGGCUAUGACGACGCGAGCGGAAAGGCGUAUAUACCUCUUUUCCCGAAUGCGCCAACCAAUCCGAACGGCAAACUAGACUUUUCCGUGGAGCUCGUUGCCGAUGACAUGAAUGGAAGGUGCAAGUACUCCAAGGGGAUGUACUACUACGGCAACGAUUACAGCGAGUCUUCACCGACUAAGGGUUGCACAAUCGCUCUGAACUCUGGCACACUCAAUGUCGUCCUGACUGAUGAUUAG